CGAAGGAUGGUCGGAGCGAGCGAGGAAGCUGCUGAAGAAGAUGAAUUCCUUUCAUGGGGCAGGUACGACCGCGGGCUUUCCGCGUGAGCCGUUUUUCUACAGCAUUUAGCCACCGGAGCGCAUGUAGACACACCCAAGCAGAUUUAAAGCCAGCGUUUAGACGCCUUUCGAUAUUAAACGUCGUGGACGGGAUUGAAAUUCAACUGCUAGAAAUGCAGAAAGCUUCAGCCAACAGGUUCUUUCAAGGCGCUGUGUUUGCCAUUUAUGGUUGCUGGACAACAAGUAGGAUAUGUCCCACCGGCUGUAGCCAAAUGUCUCCAUCAAUAUCCGACUGUUUUCUCAGUGUCUCAGGGAGAUAAAGCCCCUUCAAGGGUAGAACUUAACAAACAACUGACUUCUUGUGACCAGAGAACAGCUGCGGUACAAAGAGUGCUCAAGGAGCUGAAAGCACAGCAAGCUUUUCCUUGUUUAAAAGGCUGGAGGGAUGAGAUGUACAAUGUAAUGCCCUAUUUUUGUGACACACCUUUCUUCAGCAUGGAACGGGCUGCAACACCACUAUUGGGAGUGAAGCGCUAUGGUGCCCACCUGAAUGGCUAUACUUGGCGAAAUGAUGAAAUGCACAUGUGGCUGGCCCGAAGGGCCUUGAACAAACCCACAUAUCCUGGCUUAUUGGAUAAUUUGGCUGCAGGUGGCAUUUCAUCAGAGCUGGGUGUCAGAGAGACACUAAUAAAAGAGUGCCAAGAAGAGGCUUGCAUUCCUGCUUCCCUUGCUACAUUAUCCAAAUCUGUUGGAACUAUCAGCUACACAUAUGAAGGGUCAGAUGGAGGCAUCUAUCCUGAAUGCCAGUUUGUAUAUGACCUGGAGCUGCCUGAAGAAUUUGUGCCCCGAGUGGGAGAUGGAGAAGUGCAAGAAUUCUAUCUUUGGUCACUUGAUAAGGUGAAAGAAGCCAUUGGAUCUUCCGAUUUCAAGCCCAACUGCGCAAUGGUAGCACUGGAUUUUCUAAUCAGACAUAGUUACAUUCAACCUGAUCAAGAACCCCAUUAUGUAGAGUUGGUGGAAGGGCUACACCAGAGCCUUUGAAAAGCCAAGGCCUGCCUGUUGAGAUGAGUGUUUCCCCUGUAUUUUCUUUUUGCUAAAGCCAAGACCGGCAUCUCAGAUGGAAACCCCGAGGACUGAAACUACGAGAUCCUGGUCAGGGCUACAGUUACUACCUCUUUGUACCU